AUGCGAGGGCUGAGGAAUGAGAUUGAGAAGGCUGUGAGGCCUUUGGGAAUCAGAGUCUACCAACAGCUGGUUGAGAAGACUCGUGAAGUUGAGGCUAUGGAGAACCGACAGAGAGGCCGUACAGAGAGUGGAGUACCAAUGCGCCCGGGACAGAACCAGCCGGGAAGAUUCAGUGGGCAGAGAUCAGUAGGGAAGUUUGAUAAGGGCAAGGCGCCAAUGAGGAAGCCUUACCAGCGCCCAGUCGCCCAAGUGCCAAAUACUGUGAGGGGAGCAGCCCCUAUUUCAAAGGAAGAUGUGACCUGCUACAAGUGCAAUGAGAAAGGACACUACGCCAACGAAUGUGGCAAGGAGAUUGUGUGUUGGAGGUGCCGGAAGCCAGGACACGUGGAGAGAAACUGCCCAAGUGCUGCUAAGACAGAACUAGUGCUGAAUACCGCCAGAGGGAGACGACCAUCUGCUCCAGGUCGUUUCUUUGCUAUUUCAGGCGAGCAGGCUGCUGUUACUGAUGACCUUAUCCAGGGUACGUGUCUUAUUGCUUGA